CUGCGGAGCUCAGGUACGUCACUCCAGCCUCUAGGAAUAUAUUUUCCUCUUUGGUGUGUUUGUGUGUGUCCACAGCUCUGAUUCCUAAGCCAGCGUUUAGUGUCUGCGGUGAUGGUCAAUGGUUUCAUAUUGCUAUGAGUGCAUUAGGUUAGGAUGGCGAGCCUCGGUGGGUUGUAAGGAUGAAGGUCACAGUUUGGAGUAUCCUGAGUGGCCAGCUGUCUGGCCACCUGGUGCUCAGUGUUCCUGCAACUCACACACUACGGAAGGUGCUGGAGGCUUAUUGUACCUACAAGGGAGCUUCAGUGUCUGAUAAGUAUGUGAUGCGGAGCCGAGACAACCACAUUCUUAAUCUGAACAAGACUCUCCAGCAGGCAAAUGUUGAAGACGGAGACACACUCAUGAUUGGACUCCUGGGUGACGAGAAGCAAACCUUCUCAUUUGGAAGCUGGUACCUGGUCACCUUUGCUUCCUUCAUUAUUGGCUUCUUUGGCAUUGGCUGUGUUGUGUGGUUGUGCUUGCAAGUGUUGCCCAGACCACAGAAGUUUGGUGUUGUGAUUGAUGCAGGGUCUUCUCAUAGUGAGGUGUUUGUGUUUUCUUGGGAUGGGGAAAAGCCACUGGGGACAGCUGAAGUGAAGCUGGUGCACCGAUGCUUCAUUAAUGGAGGGAUAAAUAGUUUUGCCAGUCAUGUAGAAGACCUUCCAAGCUACUUUGAGCCAUGCCUAUCAGAAGCUGAGGGGUAUGUGCCAGCUCCCAAGCGGCCCGACACUCCCAUCUACCUGGGAGCCACUGCAGGCAUGAGGAUCCUAAGGAAGUUUGAUUGUGACGGAGCACAAACUGUUUUGAUGACACUACAACAGAUUCUUGAUGUGAACUCAACUUUUAAGUUUGAUUCUAAAAAUGUAGAGGUUUUAUCAGGCUCUGAGGAAGGAAUAAGUGGGUGGAUUGCUGUCAAUUACUUGGCUCAUAAUCUUAGAAAGCAAGGUGGAACAACAGCAUCUGUGCUGGAUGUUGGGGGAGCCUCCCUCCAGGUGACCAGUGAGCUGUCGGCACCCAAUAGAUGGCAGACAGUGCCCAUCAGACUCUUUGAUCACACACACAAGGUGAUGAGUAAAUCAUUUCUCUGCUAUGGCAUUGGAGAAGCUCGACAUCGGUAUGAUUUUUUCCUACUUAAUCCCAACAAAACCAAAGAGAAGGUCAUUCCACCAGAGAGUCUGACAGAUCCCUGUCUGGCUGAGGGCCUGACUCGCCAGGUGUCUCUGGAGCAGCUCAGGGCCCCUUGUGUACUCACUGACGAUUCAAAGCCACUCUUGUCUCUCACCUCCACCAUAAACGAAAGUAAAUUAAAAAGAAUCUUCAAAAACUACAGGAAGCAAAAUGAAAAAGAGGCAGCAUUAAAUGGAAAGGCUUCAGAAAAAGACAAGAAAGUUGAAGGGAGUGAGUCCAAGAGAUAUGUUACAGUUCAUGGAACAAGUCAUGUUGCCAAGUGUGAGAAGGAAAUGAGGCACCUUUUUAACCGGUCACUUUGUGAGUCAACCUUCACAUUUGGGGACUGUAUGGAUGCCCAAUCUGUGCCUCUGGGCAAUGGCACACUGUAUGCUUUCUCUGGCUUGUUCCAUCACCUGAUGGAGGCUCUUGGAAUGGGUCCAGGUGGCAGCCUUGACCUCUUCAAGGGUGUGGUGUCAGCAGUGUGUUCCAUGGAUGCUACAAAACUUUCUGUCAUGUACUCAGAUUUAGAGCCAGAGAUAGUAGAAGAUCUUUGCUUCGAUGGCAUGUUUGUGUACACUCUCCUCACUGCAGGACUCGGCAUCAACAAUGACACUUUUGACAAUGUGGUUUUCUCUGAUGAGACUGGAAAGAUGGAGGUGGUGUGGCCUCAGGGCUUCAUGAUCAACAAGACCUCCACCCUCCCCGAUGAGGCACACUUGCCGCCCUUCUCCCUCCCCAUCCUUGUACUAUUCUUGUGUUUCUUCUCAGCCUUUAUUAUCAGUGGCAUCCUCUUCCUGCACCACUCACUCAAGAUCAAGAGGCAUAGUACAUCCUACCAAAGGUGUAUUGCUGACCACAUUGAUCAGGAACUGCAGAAAUUCAUUCAGUAGAAAGUAUUGCAUGAGGAGGAGGAGGAGAUCACAAAACUAAUAAGUGGUCAUAAGGUAUUACUGCUUGUAUGGGGAAUCCAGCUGACUCACCAGUACCAACAGUGCCCUUCUGUGGUGAUUAGAGUACUAGUAGGAACUAGUGAACUCUUUCUGUAUGACUGCAUCAAGACCAAAAUUAUAGGAAUCUACUAUUCAAUAAUGUUCAGUUUGCAAAAUGAUAACUAGGCAAGUUUUAUGAAAUAACAAUGAUAAAGGAGCAACACGGAAUACAAGACUGUGCAGCAGACCCAGAGAGACUUAGGAUCUCCAUUCUCAAUGACUACAGUGGAAAGUUGCCUCACGUCUUGGCUUACCAUUUGUCUACAGCAUCCAGAAUAGUGACUUGGUUGCAUACAUUAGUCUUAAUCUUUAUACACUUGGAAUACUGUUUUAUAAGGUCUCAGACUUAGUGGAAACUAGGAAUUACCUGACCUAGAACUGUUAUAUUUUUAUACAUCCAUUUAUAUGGUACAUUGUACAUGUAAUUUUGAACAGAUGCUGACAUGACAUUACUGUUGUGCAUUUCAUGAACAUGUAAGACUUGCAGAGUUUAUUAUUUGAUAUAGGAUUAAGUCAUUGCAACUCUGAAUGCAGAAAAUCUUUAUACCGGGCUGAGAUCCCUCCGCAGGGAGGCAGCACAGACAAGAUGCCAAAUCUUGUCACAUCAUGGAAUUAAAAACUACUGAGGAGCAGGUUCCCAGUCUCUUCUUAGGAGAAAAAUAGCAGACAGUAAAUUAAUGAAAUCCUGCAGGCCACUAAAGAAAAAAAAAUAUACAUAUAAAACUAUAUUGAGGUCGUGCUUCCUUAAGUUUUCUUGCCUUCCCUUUCAUAUUAUUCAUCAAAGAAAUUAUAAUUUAUGUUUUAGAGUUGCAUCAUCAUGCAUUCAUGCAGUAAUCAAUUUCAAUUUCUCUUCAUUCUGAGCAUGGCAGACUCAAAAAGUGCUAAAUAACUUCCUUGCCAAUGCCCAAAAAAAUAUUCUAAUAAGUAAUUCUUUGGGUAUUGGCUUCAUGCCAUCUCUUCUCCUAUGGAUGGCUUCUCCUCGUGAAUAGUUUACUGAGAAGUACUGAAGCAGUGUUCAGGCCUCAUCUGCCUAGCUCACAGCAACACUACUUCCUGGGAGAAUGAACAGAUUUGUUACAGUUGCCAAAGACAGCACAUUCAGAUAGUUUUGACAACUUUCUACCUCUUUUCUAUGUAGUUGUACAAUGACAGAAUUCUCAACCUAAGUCAAGUUGUGCCAUGCACACUAAGACCAUGUUCAUGUGAGGAAAAUGUAUUGUAGUGUGUGUGUCACUAUACACUUGUCACUGUCUUUAGUAAUGGGCUUUGAAAAAUACUCCACAUGAACAGGUCGUUAGUUGUGCAGGCUGGCACGUGUGAUACAUAACCUAUUUUUGUGGUGUACUUAUUUGUCAUACAGAAGAAUCUAAUGAACAAAUUGCAUUCAGUCAUGAUUAUCUAGUAGCAUACUCGUAUUUAUGUACAGAAGAUAAACUGGUCAGUACAAUUUACAUAAUCUUAUGCUGAUUUUGAAAUUAUCAUCAUCCUACAUACUAACAUAGAAAGAAAGCAGUCAACUGUUUACCAUUUCUGGCCAUGAACCUGCUGGCCUUGCUUUGAGCCACAGCCAUGCAAACACUUGAGGGUCAGUGGUGUCCUUGGGGAGCACAACACAUAGACACACCGCAGCCCUCCCAUCUCUGUACAUUAUUAGUUUCUACAAGUUUUUCUUGAAAUUAAAUAGUGGAGAUGUACUACUGUAUAUGCUUGCUUUGCUGUUCAAGAAAAAGAAACAAAAAUAAGCUUUAACACUGCCUUAUCCUGAGACUCAAAGUGCAUACAGGUGAUGAGCUUACUUCAUGUAAAUUUUGUAUCUGUAUUGUACUAAAUAUGUUUUUACCAUUAGUGUUAUUCUAGAGUGGAAUGUGUAAGUUUCCAGAUAUACUUAUAUACAGAAAUGUAUGGAAGUAAACAGAAUGACUCAA